AUGGAUAAUACUGGUGUCGAAGCAUCAUCAGCGGCUUCCAACUCAAGUGUGAGUGGUUCUAAUCCUUUGAAACGCGAUUCUGAUGAUGUUGGUUGGAACUACAGAAAUAUUAUUGAUCCUAAAGACAAGAAUAGACUUCAAUGCAAGCUUUGCCCCAAACUGGUCACUUCGGGAAUUUAUCGGCUAAAACAACAUAUUGCUGGCGUGGGAAACAAUGUUAAAGCUUGUCCAAAUGCAAGUAAAGAAGCCAUAAGGAUAUGCAAACAGGAUCUAUAUAAGACCCAAGUGAAAAAGAAACAAAAAUAUAAUGAGCUUGUUCAACGUCGAAAAGAAGUUUCUAUAGAAUCUUCUUUCUAUGCAGAUUUGGAUUUAGAGACGCAAUCUGAGAGAGGCACUUUGGAUGGUUUCUUGGAGAGUUUGGAGACAAAUCCAAAAGAUAAUUCUAGGCCAUCCGACUCUAGUCACCCUUCAAAGAUCACAAAACAAGCAAGUUUGAAGACGUUGUUGGAUAAAAAGAGAGUGCGUGAAACACAUCAAUAUGUUGCUCGUUGGCUAAUUGAAGCUGGUAUUCCAUUCAAUGCUACGCAAAUAAAAAGCUUUUCAUUAAUGACUGAAGCUAUUGGACAAUUUGGAAGAGGAUUACCUACCCCUAGUCGGUAUCUAUUGAGUGGACCAUGUUUGACGGACGAGGUUCAGAGGAUUAAGACUGCUUUGAUAAAACAUCAAGAAGAGUGGUCUAUUACUAGUUGUUCGAUUAUGAUAGAUGCAUGGACAGAUCGUAAGCGAAUAAGUAUUAUGAACUUAUGUGUGCAUUGUCGAGAAGGGAUGUCUUUCUUAUCUUCGAGAGAGGAUUCUGAUUCAGCACAUACUGGAGAUUACAUAUUUGAGUAUGUUGAUAAAUGUAUUGAAGAUAUUGGAGAAGAUAAAGUAGUACAAGUUGUGACUGACAAUGCUUUAAAUAACAUGGCAGCAAAACGUCUCCUGAAAGUCAAGAGACCUAAUGUAUUUUGGACUUCAUGUGCCGCACAUACCAUGAAUCUCAUGCUAGAGGGGAUUGGUAAGCAAUCCAAGUUCAAGAAAACAAUUGAUAGUGCAAAGGAAUUAACUAUUUUCAUCUAUGGUCACCAUCAAACUCUUAGCAUGAUGCGUACGUAUACCGACAAUAUUGAGAUUGUACGUCCCGACGUAACACGUUUUGCAAGUACGUAUCUCACUUUGGAUAGUUUGCUUUCAAAAAAGGAACAAUUAAGAACUAUGUUUGGUUCGAAUGCAUUUGACUCUUUGAAACAUUCUAAGAGUGUUGCCGGAAAAAAAUCAUAUGAUACGGUCUUUUCUCAAUCAUUUUGGAAUAAGGUUACUCAUAUUUUGGAAGUUUUUAAACCAUUAGUAGAGGUUCUUCACAUUGUUGAUGGUGAUAGGCCUUCUAUUCCAUGGUUGUAUGGGAAACUAAAAGAGGUCAAAGAAGACAUCAAAAGUGCAUUGAAUGGAGUUGAGGGGAACUAUAAACCUUUGUUAGAUAUCAUUGAGCUUAAAGGAAAAGGAAGACUUGACAAUGAAUUGCACGUAACGGCAUAUUUUCUUAAUCCGUUUUACUUUGCAAAAAAUAGAGCCGGCAUUGGAGGUCAUGGAAGCCAUACAAAAUUCUCGUUUGAUCCCGUUGGAUGGUGGAGUAAUUAUGGAGGGAGUGCUAAGAAUUUGCAAAGGAUGGCAAUUAGGAUUCUGUCAUUGACUACAAGUUCGUUGGGUUGUGAGCGAAAUUGGAGCUCAUUCGCUAUAGUCCACACAAAAAAUCGAAAUCGACUUACGACCGAAAAGUUGAAUGAUUUGGUUUAUGUCCAAUUUAACUCAAAGUUAUUUUAUAAGAAGAAAAGGAAUGACAUCCUAGAAGCUAGUGAUUACAACAAAGCUCAACAUAUGAUGGUUGAUGGAGUACAAGACGUUGAGUCGGAUGUUGAUGAGGAGAUUGAUCCCAUUACCGGAGCGACACAUAUGGAGGUUGGUGACGUUGUCCAAUUGAGAGAACCUUGCGAAGAAGAAGAAUUUGUAUCGGAACCAGAAGACAUUGAUGAAAAUAAUGAUGCUGAGUGUAGAUGGGAUGAAGAUUGA